AUGAGUUUAAACACAAAAUCAUCCAGCAGAAUCAAUGGAUGGUCGUUGCCAAUUCAUCCUUUACAAUGCCUAUCCUGGUUCGCUACUUCUAUGUUCUCGGUAAUCUACUUUGGAAUACUCGUUCCAUCUAUCGUCAUUCAAGCCAGAAUUCCUCUUUUUGUUAUCAAUGCCGUGUGUAUUGCUGCUUACAUUGUUUUUAAUAUAAUUGCGGUGAGUAUUAAUCCAGCUGACACAGCUGUCAGGGAAAAACAAAAACUGCGUGGAAAUAAAGUUUCUUCCUUAGAUCCUAAACAUGUACAUGUGAUUGAGAACUUUUAUUGUAAUUUGUGUGAGUUGCCAAUCUCAAGCUCCCGAACAAAACACUGCAAAAGUUGCAACAAAUGUAUCGCUGAUUUUGAUCAUCAUUGUAAAUGGCUUAAUAAUUGUAUAGGUAGUCGCAAUUAUACAUAUUUUGCUGGAAUAAUCACAAUGGCUUGUCUAUCGCUUAGUAUAUCUACGAGUCUUUCUCUAUCCUUGGCUAUCGCAUAUUAUUCAGAUCGUCCAUAUGGAUAUUGGAUACAAGCAUAUCACGAUUACUGGCAAACAUUCACCAAUGGAACUGUUGAACAUCUAGAUUAUUUAAUAACCAAUGAUGGAGUUUUCCGCAUAUUCGGUUUAAAUUCAUCUGGAUUGGUUUUCUUUAUAAUCGCUAUUGUUGGAUGUUUAUUUACUUUUUGCAUUGAUGCCUUUUUGGUGCAUCUAAUAAUCUUUCAUAUAUACUUAUAUAUAAAAGGUAUGACAACCUAUGAAUUCAUAGUUUUACAACGUCAAAAAUCUAAUCCACCUACUGAAAAUCAAACAUCUAAUAAUGCGGAUCAAAGUGAAAAGAAAAAUUUAUUCUGUAGUAUUAAAUAUAUUGAUUUGUGUGAAAAAGAAGAUAUUGCUGAAAUGUCAUCACAGAGUUCAUCAAAUGGACCAUUUACUACAAGUAGCAAAGUUGUUUUAUCUUUACAGUCCACCGGUAAAUCAUCCGAUCAACCAAUUGUAACAGGCGAUUUAGCCAAUAAUAGCAGUAGUAUUUGUUCAGUUAGAGUACAAACUAUUUCUAAUAGUAAAAUAUUUUCUGAUGGGAAAGGAUGUCUGCCUUCACUUCCAACGUCUAAUUUCAUAUCAGAAAGUAUUAAACGAGAUAAUCCGGUAUAUUUAUCCUCCCUAGGCAAAAAUUCUGAUAUACCUCUUGAUGUAAAUAAACAUGAUUUAACACGGGUAGAUAGUGAUGUUUCACAAGAUUUGUGUUAUUAUAACACUAGUGGUGAUGAGAUUUUCAGCACAAGAGCAAUCACAGACGAAAUUGAGUUGAGUUCAAUCAGCCCAAGUGAUGAACUUGUUUCAUCUGAACAAACCACCGACUCUACGACUACACAAUCCAAUAGUACAGAAACUACAAAUACACUUACAAAAGAGAAUGAGAGUUCAGUGAUACCUAAGUUCAAUGCAAUGUAUGUUAUGUGUGUACGUUAUUUUAUGACAUUUCGCUUUCUAAUAUCAUCCAUUUUGGAUUUCGAUGCUGAUGUCAUUUAG